AUGGCUUCCCCCGAAUACUCUCUCAAGGUUCAGGAAUGGUCGAAACAGGGCCUCUUGACCCCUGAAGCCGUCCUGAGCGCUCUGGGCGACAGGAUCAAGGACUUCGGGAUCCUGGACAAAGAAGAAGAACAGCCAUACCUUCGCAAGACCUUUGAAUCGCUGUGCACAGAUGUAAAUGGUAGCAAAGUGCUUUCCCAGUCUACCUUUACUUCAUUCCUAAAUGAAUCCGGGUUUCUUCCUGAAUCCAUGAUCGAUGCUGGGGCUGUUCUUUACAGCGCCCUUCUGUACCUCUCUCAAACUCCAUUUCAUCAGUCCCCCGCUGAAGCUCUGACCUUUGAUGGCCUGAUUCGGGCAAUCGCCUGGACAGAUUAUGACAUGUCAAGACGCGUUUAUGAAGAAGAGUCGGAAUCGAAGGCUAGGACACCAGACGAUACACAGAGAAUCCUCUUUCAGAGCCUAGCCACGAGCAAGGCCAUGAAGAGAGCAGCCUCCGGCGUUGGGCAGCAUAGGGACCAGGUUGAAAUAGAUAUAUCUGGCUUGCCCUCCUCUCAAGUCCAUAAUCAAGAUCAAGAUGGCGACAAGACUUUUCAGGACGUUAUGGAUGCCCUCUAUUCUGUGCAGCCCACGAAGCCAUGGAUGUCUCCCGUGCCUCAAGACUACUUCCGACCCAUUGCUCGGAAUAUUCACCAGACAGCACCACUCCUGGACGAUCUCGCUAUCCCCGAAGCUACGUUUCAAGCGUUUAUCCGGCUGAUGUUGUUCACCCAUUUUGGUCGGCCCAACGUCAAACUAGAAAGUCUGGUGGAUCUCGACCAUGCUGUGGACUGCAUUCUCAGAAGAUUUGUCCAGGACUCGGAUAUUGGCAUUACCUGGAAUUCAUUCCAUAACGCUCUAAGCACAAUUCCUGAAUUGUUCACUGGCCUGAGACACAUCCUUGCCUGCUUUUACAAGACACCAACAAGUGACAGUCUUGCCCGACGGCUACCUCAACCAGCGAGGGUCGCUACAUGGUCCGUCUUCGCCCAGCUCGAUGCCAUUAUAUCAGACACUGUUUGCUUCGAUGAGGUCCAGUUCCAUAAAUCCUACCAGCCCCACCUCAUGUCCACCCGUGCCUCCAGUUUUGCCGAUGAACUAAAUGCUGCUCCGGAUCCGCUGAUCCUCCUUGUGAGUGGGACGUUCACCGAGAGCAAAGAGAAGGCCAUCUUUGGGUACUUUCUCCCGUGGGGCAACGGCGCCGACGCGAGUGGGGUGUUUCUCUGUCAGUUGAGCCCGGUUCAUGACGUGUUCCGUGGAAAUGGCACACGGCCGGGGUGGAUACUGGCGAAUGAUGUGCUCCUGUUCGGAUCGAGGGGAAAUGGAGUGACACUGUCCCUUAGUAAGGACCUGAAACAGGCAACAGUGUCUCACAGUGCAUCUCUACAGGGUAAACCAAUGUAUCAACCCUCCGCAUGGAGGGGAGAUUGGCAGGAAGAGGUACGAGUGGAAGAGAUUGAGAUAUGGGUCGAGGACUAG